GGUGACUUGCGUCAGGCGAGCCGAGCACUGGCCUUUCCCGUACAGAUUCGUCGACGUGAUAAGAAUGGCAGCACGAACCCAGCGCGCCCGAGCGACCCACGUCGGUGUCUUGCAGCCCGAUAUCACCGAGACGAUCGCACGCCUGCUGCCGGGGCCCGACGCCUUUGCCGCGUUCGUGGCAGCGCUGCCGGCGUGGGCCAAGACCCCGCUGCUGGCGUCCAUCGCACGUCUCUUGGUCGCACCAAGCAUGGCGGUGGCGUGGCCGACGAUCACUGUGCUUAGCCCUCAGCUCGAUAGCGCGACAAUUGAAGACCUUGUCGCUGCCGCCACGCUGGGACCAUGCAGCAUUGUGAUUGGCUACACGAUCGAAACACACGACGACUUGGCGGUCGUCGCCGACGUCGCGUCAAGCAUUACCUCGCUCAAGUUCGACUUGGAUGGCACCAGCAAAACGACAUUGCGCUUCUUCCGCUCGACGAUUGCCUCGUGCACGCACCUCGCGAGCCUCGAGCUCAAGGAUUCGACCUGGGGCGAGGCCCUUCGCACACUCAAAGGUGUCUUCUUUAAGCUUGAGCACCUCACGUCGCUCGCACUCCUGAACAGUAGUGGCGAUGGUGAUGUCGAGCUCUCGACCGGUUUUUGCGAGCGCCUCGUCCAUUGGCUCCAGACGAGACCUGUCGUGUCCUUGAAAAUGUAUGCCGUCCACUUCGCCGACGCGCCAGACUCGCCUCUUUGUCUCGUGCUCUACGACGCGAUUUCUUCGAGCACGACGCUCGCGCUCGACUGCGUGAAUAUCUUGGAGCACUCGUUCAUGCACCAGCGGCCGCUUCCCGUGCACUUGACGUCGCUCGAGUGGGAUCCGAGUGACUUUGAUAACGCGUACCAGAGCUGGUACGACUUUCAAGGCGCGCUCGAAGACGGUCCGCAGCUGACGCACUUGAGCUGCAAGAAUUUCGUCAAAUUGCUCGACGACGACGACGACGAGAUUCCGCGCGUGCUCCAAGGCCUCUCGUCGCUCGCGAUCCACUGUAAAGCAACCAGCUACGAGGUUCUGAAUGCCCUCAAGACCAUGUCCAACCUCACGGCGCUGGUCCUCCAGGACAUCGGCUUUAAAGGCGAGGUGAUGCGCGAUUUCGUCGGGGUGCUUCGAAAGCUCCCUUACCUCGAGGUGCUCAAGUUCCCCGGCGACUUCAAGCAGGUCAAGGACGGGGACGCGAUGUCGACGACAGACGUGGUUCAUCUCCUGCAGCACGUUCCCCGCUUUGCUUGCCUUGCGCAUCUCGAUGUCGCCGACCACAAACUCGACAUGACGAGCAUUCUCGGUCUGCUGCCGACACUCAAUGCGGCGGCCAAACGUCUGCAGAAGAUCCGACUGCAAAGCCGCUGGCAGCAAGGAGACGUGGAAGCGUUUGUCGCGGCCGUCGGUCAGCUGCUCGACCGCCAUUUUGCGAUUGUUUUUGACCCGCGCGUGGUCGAUGCGGCAACCAAUGCCCACCACAAGCUUUUGAUCGAAAAGAGCGGCCUUGCGCCACGCAGAGGCGUCGCCAAGUGCAUUGUGUACGUUUAACAACUCAUCAGUCUUGCGAGGAAGCUUGCAAAUCGGAAAGUGGUUGCAUUCUUCCGGCCCAAAGGUCGGUCCGUUACUACUACUAAAGAUCUUGUUUCGACUAACUAAACGACUAAAGCUAGCCACACGCAACGUAGAUGACGUGGCGGUCCACAACGUCGUCUUCGGCUGAGCGACAUCGCAACAAUCAGCUCAACGCGGCGCCGCGCUCGCCAAUCCCAACUGUGACGCUUGGUACUAGUGGAUGUCGUAACUGCAGUUUGCAUUGUUUUGAUGAGUGUUUUGUUGGCA